UCACAUCUCACCAGCGGCUUCAGUUCGCAGUAAAAGAAAAAGUCACCGCCACCAGCAGCGCGAGCUUCCCGGAAAUAUUAAAGAGAGAGAAAAAUGAUUUUUUUAUGCUGUGUGGGAUGAAUUAUUUCGGUUUGUGACUUUUGGUGCGACCGGAAAAAGUAAAGAAAGUUACAGGUUCAUCUGCAAACUUUUUUUUUUCCAAGCAUGGACAAGGCUCAUCUUUCAAGCCCCAGUGAAAUAAUAAUGACAAACUCAACAGGCUCUUAUCAACAGGAGCCUCUCACUCCACCCAGGCCUGCUCAUCUUCACUCCUCAUCCUCCUCAUUAUCCUCCCCCUCUCCUUCCUCCUCCUCCCCCCUCAAACCCAACCAGGUGGGUCAGGUUAUCUUGUAUGGCGUUCCUAUUGUGUCACUUGUCAUUGACAACAAUGAGAGACUUUGCCUGGCACAGAUUUCCAACACUCUCCUGAAGAACUACAGUUACAAUGAGAUUCAUAACCGGCGAGUGGCACUGGGGAUAACCUGUGUCCAGUGUACUCCAGUUCAGCUGGAGAUCCUCCGCAGGGCCGGAGCCAUGCCCAUCUCAUCACGACGGUGCGGCAUGAUCACCAAGCGUGAAGCCGAGCGCUUGUGCAAGUCCUUUCUGGGAGAGAACUCGCCACCGAAACUACCCGACAAUUUUGCCUUCGAUGUGACGCACGAGUGUGCCUGGGGUUGCCGGGGUAACUUCAUACCAGCACGCUACAACAGCUCCAGAGCCAAAUGCAUCAAGUGCUCCUUUUGCAACAUGUACUUUUCUCCAAAUAAAUUUAUUUUCCACUCUCACCGCACACCAGAUGCCAAGUACACCCAGCCCGAUGCUGCCAACUUCAACUCCUGGCGAAGACACCUCAAACUAACAGACAAACACCCGGCGGAUGAGUUGGUUUAUGCAUGGGAAGACGUCAAAGCCAUGUUCAAUGGAGGAAGUCGUAAAAGAGCACUGCCGUCAUCGGUUCAGUGUGCUUCCAUGGGUUCCAUGAAGAGUCUCCAGGGUACUGUGGCACCUCAUAUGAUAGGACCUGACCUGGGCGCACAGAAAAGAGCCCGCUUCGAGGACGAGGAUGAUCUAGAUGGAGGCAGUCUCUCCCCACGCAAAACACCACGCAACUACCCUGUCAUCCCUGUCCCAAGCAAAGGCUUCAGCAUGCUGCAAAAGUUUCCCCCUACAUCUCUCUUCCCAUCUCCAUACCCCUUCCCUGCAUUUGGCCUCUGCCAGCAGAAAAAGGAGGACAGUGAUGUUUCUGCUGUGCAGAAAGGACCGGGGCUGUCUGGCCUUUUAUGGCCUGGCCGGAAGGACGCUUUUUAUCCCCCUUUCUGCAUGUUUUGGCCCCCAAGAGCAGCAGGAGGUAUCCCUGUCCCCACCUACCUUCAGCCUCAGCCCAGCACCCUCUCCUCUCUGACAGAAAACCCAUCUCUCAGGCAGGCAUUUUUGGAUUUGUCAGACCCUAGUGAUGCUGGGGCUGUAAGCAGCAACGGAAAUGGUGUCAGUUCAGCUAUGGCCCCCAGCAAUGGGACCACCACACCAAGAUCUGGCCUGUUUGACACAGAAUGCACAACUACGACCCCAGACCUUCGCCCUGUGACGUCAGAGGGAUGGCUCAAACUUCUGGAAAACCCAGCCCUCCAAACAAGAAAGCCCAGCUAUGGCUCUGCCUUCCGCCCAGUUGUUAAGGAUGCUGAGAGCAUUGCUAAACUCCACGGCAACAACGGAGGAGUCAACGGAGCCCCAGAUGAGGACUUUGGAGUCGUGGUUCCCGGAACUGACAGACACCAGCAGCUGUCACCCACCAGCAGCUGUAGCUAUGGGAGUGAAAGCGGAGGUGAUGGGGAAGCAGAGGAAGCAGAAAGUGAAGAAGAGGGGGAAGUGGAUGUAGAGUCUUCUAAGCAGGAGGAUGAGGAGGAGGAAGGGGGAUUUACGAGGAGGCCACCACAGACUCAGACCAACCUGUAUGUCCCUGUUCUGAGUGACAGUGCUGGAGAGGAACGAGGGAAGGACAGAGGGAGUGGCGGAAUGUAUCCCGGCACCUCCCCGGGAUCCUCCUCAAAUCCCAUCAUACAGGAGUCCCCCAGCCUACCUGCCUCCCCUCACGCUAGCUUGCCUCUCUCCAGCUCCACCCCGCCCCACCGAGAGGACACAGCGUACAAAAACGCUCAGAAGAACCGGGAUGAAGGACUGCCUGCAUAUGCAACCAAAGACAAUUCAAGCAAUUCUGAUGAAAACAAAGAGCAGAGAAGUUUCUUCGUACCUGAGAAUGAAACCUCAGCACACGACUAUUGGAGAGAGAGCUCAGGGGAUCAGAGCAGAGGAGCAGCCUCUCCCGUCACUCUGAAGAAGGAUGUGGAGAACAUGGAGAAAGAAGAACUUCAGAAAGUUCUCCUAGAGCAGAUCGACUUCAGGAGGAGACUGGAGCAAGAGUUUCAUGCCCUUAAGGGAACUUCUCCUUUCCCAGUCUUUCAUAAUUUUCAAGAUCAGAUGAAAAGAGAGCUCGCCUACAGAGAAGAAAUGGUCCAGCAGUUACAGAUGAUUCCUUACGCAAAUAUCAUCAGAAAGGAAAAGAUCAGCUCUCAUCUUAGCAAGUAGCUGAAAAGGAGUCGUUGCUUUCAGGACGAAGACCAAGCUGCUUGUGGAAGUCACAUAUUUCCUCUCACUAAGUAGCAAAUAAAGUGUAUAUAUCACAUCUUUCUUGCAUUUCCAAAGGACAGUAACGAUUUAGCUCAUUCUUUCAGUUGUUUAAAAGUCAUUUGGGAGACUUCAUGCUACUUUUGUACUACAGUGUUGGUAAAAGAUUACCAACUCUCGCUUAAGUUUUGUUUCCAAAAUGGACUCCACUUAAAGCGUCUGGAAAAACAUGGGCUCAUACUUGGCAUUUUGUUAUUGCAAGCAGGACCAAAGCAAACACCUGGACAGAGGCUGUAAAGAUCAACAAGCUGUGGAAAAAAUAAAAAAAUGCUGAAUGACUGUGACUCUCACUGCUGUUGGCCUAAUGCCCAGGACUGCCGUGGCAUCGGUAUCCUCAGUCAGAGAGAGAAAAUUUAGCAACACUUGAUCCCAAACGGAUUCUUCUCGGCAUGUUGACCUACGACCCUUUUGUACCAAUGAUCGUUACCACCACUUAUCAGCAAAUUCAUGUUACCCCAGAAGUUUGGACUGAUGUCUGAGGAAGGUGGGGAACAAAAUAAAGAAUAAAAAUGUCAAAUUCUGAAAUCACUUAUAAGGUUUUACAUGCUGAAAGAACAUUGUACAGUAUCGAUUUGGUGUACAAAAAAAAAAACAGCUAAGUAUUAUAUUCAUCGCAGAUGAAACUUCCUGUUUAAAUACCCAGUGUAUCACAUCUGUCCUAACAUUUUAGAAAUUUUAUUUUAAAGACAUAAUUUUCUUAAAAUUAUGUUUCAUUAACUGUCAUUGUGUUUCUGUAUGAAUUUACAGCAGCUAUAUUUUUGCUUGAAGACACAAAUUCAGAAUUUUACGCAAUUGAAAAAUUCCCUUUCACAUUCACUUUAAGUUAAAGUAUUAUGAAAUCAUCAGUUUAUAGAUGUUUUACGGACAAUUUAAGGCCUUCUCAAAGCUCCUACUUUGUGCAUGGCCUCAAGAGAAGACCGCUGUUCAUUAUUGUUGUGUAUCUUUUUGUACAUUACCUCCCCUAACUGUAUAAAUUGUUCCACAUAAGAGUAUUGAACCAUACAGUCUUUUUAUGUGUUUGUUUAUUUAAAAUUUAAGUAUACAAUUCUGUUUAUUAUAAAUUUUAGCAAUGUAAGAUAAUCAAUAGCAAUGAUGACAAGAUGGUGCAUUUAAAUGUAAAAAAAAAUAAAAAUUACAAAUUACAUCUCCUUCACCUUGUUUAUAAAAUGAGUUGAUGAA